AUGGACGGCGUCGACGGGGUGUCGUCGACCGCCGAUGACGUACAUGUUCCUGACGACGUGCAGCCCUUGUGUCCACCACCCUACGUCGAGCAGUUCGUCGCCGAUGAUGCGUGUGCUGCACUUGUGGACAACUUGUGCGAUAGCAUUGCAUUGAUAUCCGAGGCAAAAUCCAUGGAGGCUCGAGUGUUGACGCGCGUUUCCAAUGACGCCAUCGCCCAGCUCUUCGCGGCCGUCGGCAUGGUCCUAAUCGAACGAACAGACUCCUUCGACGCGAUGGGUGCAGAUGCUCCCCCUCCACUUCAAGCAGACUCUGCCACCGAUACCAGUGGCUUCCUUCGGGCGCUCGGUCGUCUGCAUUCAUUCGUGACACGAAGGCGUCACUCUGCCCAAGCGUACAUGGCACAAACUAGCUGCGACGGCUCCGUGUCCCUUCGGCAUGACGACCUCGCGUCGUUUCUGCAUGGGCUGCCGCUGUACCUUACAAAGCGCGAGGUGAACUUCGUCACAAAGGAGAGUACGAAAUCGAGCAACACCGACCUCGACGUCCGACUGGACGUCCACAGCAUCGCCAAGGUCGUGGCAAAUGCAAUAAAGACCGCCAAGAAGAAAGCAGGACAGUCGCCGUACCGUCCCCCUGUCGUGUUUCUACCGCCGGAGGAGUCCUCCGCGACGCCAAACGACGUGCAUGCCCCGAAGGAACUCAAGGCGAGACGCCCCGCCGACUCCCCCGAAAGGGCAGACCCCCGUCAUCCCACACAGCAAUUGUCAACCUUCCGCACGACCCAUCGCAGUAACUUUGCCGGAGGCGACAAACGAGGCACAAAGUACUCGAUCGUGGCGACGAUUCAAACGCACAAGCUCUCGAUGGACGACGUCGAGCUGCAUGUCGCACUUGACGCAGUGCCGCCGCCAUCGUCGCCAGACAAGGUUGACCAAGCGACCAUGUCCAACAUUUUUUCCCUCGGGACACCACGCCUACUGAGUCCACGAGAACUCGCACGACGACGGGACAUUCUGUCGUACUUGGAUUCGAUCGAGGCCGCGGCGUUGCAGGAAGAGUUGCUGGCCAAAAAACGGAGGGCACUGCUGGAGCGCCCUGUGAACGUAAUCGAAGGCGAUGUUCAGCAACCUUGUCCAAACCAUUGCCCCACGAUCCAUGACGCGUUCCUGGCCAUUCCCACGACCUUUGACAUUUGCGAUCCGUCGCCCCACGACGGACCCGUCAAGUCGCACAAAUCCAAAGGGUCCAUCCGAAAGCACCAGCACGACAAAAUCGUCGAGCUGCCCAAACUCGCGGACGACGAAGCUGUGACGAUGCCAGACUUUCACUUGCCCCACAUCGAUACGAACCGCCUCGAAGUCGGCGUCAAGGUCGUGUAUCCCGGCAAAGAAAAGGUCGGCGGCAAGAGGAACCCGAGUCGCAACGCCCGCCUCAAACUACACAACUACCACGUACAACCCCCACUUCCAUCCUCUACGAACAAAACUCGCUUGACUCGAUUGAAGGUCAAGACGCCGCCCCAUCCGCCGCCGCCCGACGAUCGUGCCCCCGCAUCGCCAGACACGCCACCCCCCGAGGCCGUCGUAUUGCCGAGGCUUCCCAUCUCUCCCAUCAAGUCUAGCCAAACGCAACCUGCAAAGCCCACCGCCCCUGCCGCCCCCAUCCUCGUCCUACCCAAAUCCAUCGCGAGUCCCAUCAAACCCACACAUCCAAUGGGGGGCAAUGCCUCUUGCGACGCAUCGUCGCACCACUCGCACGCCGCCGAUCGGUCGCAGAUUUCCCAUGCCAGAGUUCGCGGGAAGCAGCCCGUUCGUAGUCGAUUCAAGUUUUCAGACACAUUGUUUCGAUCGCUCCAGAAUUAAUUUCAAACGCUACGACGAACCUCUGCCGUCGUGGUGGUUCCCAAUUCCGUUCGCUUUCGACAUUGUCAGGUGCUUCUUGAUGCCAACGCUGGCUUGGUACCCGCUGUACAUGACAAACCCGUACGGGUUGACCGAUCCCCCGGUGACGAGACUGCCGUCGCCUACAAACACGUUCGAUGUGCCUCGAACGAGGAGGCUCGAGUCCACACACGACGUGUUGUCGGCGCCGACCGCGCAAGUGCCGCCAAAGUGGUCUGUAAUGAGUGUGUGGUGGCGGACCCACUCGUGGGGGGAUGCGCUCCACGACGACCCCAUCGUAACCUGUUCCAUACAAUCGACUUUGAC